UAUACAUCAAUCAAGCUUUGGUCCUUUCUAACACAUCUUUAAUUUGCUGCGAAUUUAAAUCACAUAUAUAUAUCAAGAUCGUCGCAAAUAGUAUAAUGUCGUCGUGGAAACCUCCGGGUACUGAUCAAAAUAUCGCCCUCCGCCUGAAAAUUCAUUCGAAGGGCAACGAAAGAAGAAUCAAGAAAUGGCUGCUGGGCAUUCACGGCGUUCGUCGUGUUGAAUUCGACCUCAAUAAUGGAGUCGUGAUCGUCUCCGGCACUAUAGAUCCUCCCACGCUGCUAAUGAUGCUCGAGAACUAUGGCGUCAAAGCGGAAAUUUUUGGCCCGCAACGCCGCCCUGUGAGUCCGGUGAAGGACAGGGAAAUUGUGGGGCCGCAGUCUAAGGUUAUCAAUCCGCUGAAUGAUCCCGACAUUGCGGCGCUGCUCGAACGUUUGCCCAGAGUUUCCGGCGGGUUGCAGAGCGUGGAGGUGAUCAAGACCGUGAAGUUUGUGUUUGUGGAGGGAGAGAGCGGCGGCGGGGGGAAUAAAACGCUGGAAAUUACGGCGAAAAAUCUCGCCGGCGGCGGCGGUGGUGUUGCCGGUGGGCCCCACGGCGCCGGCGGCGGACUUUGCUCCGCGUCUUCUUCUUGCUGCGGCGGCGGCCACGUUGUGGGCGGGGGGUAUAAUAUGCAUUGUUGCCCGCACGGGUGUCCUCAUGGGUUUUUUCCGGCGGGGAUGCGGUGGGCACAACCGCCGGAAUAUUAUUAUGGGGGGUUUUCUCCGCUAGGGCCUCCGCCGUGGCUGCCGGUUGGAAUUCCAUCGGCGCCGCCUCUGCCGGAGGAGGAUAACUCUCCGCCACCGCCACUGCCGCCCCCGCCCGCCGCCAACCCAAUCUACGCAGCGUUCAGUGACGACAACACUAGCAGUAGCUGCACCAUCAUGUGAGUCACCACCAACAUAAAUGUGCAAUACAACUAUCAGUGUCUUGUCUGAUGAAAUAUAUGCUUCAAUUGUUGUCACAAAAUUCGGAUUCAAAAUCGUCGUGUUUUGUAUCAAUCGUUGUAUGUUUGAUUGUGCCCUAUAUGUGCGUGUGAAGUGCGGAUUUUAAUUCUUGAACAUGCAUACAUUUGUCUCACGUUGUUGUAAAUAAAUAACCUAACGUUGUUUGUAAGCUUUCUUUAAUAAAUUCUUUUGUUUUUCCUCUUCA